AUGAACAACUUUGAUAUCUUGGUUUCCGCAGCUCUUAGUUUGCACAAUAAUGAUGAUAACAAAGAUUUAAGCGCUUCUUAUCAUCAACAAUCAAACCCCGAGCUUAUGGUGAUCAAUCCAAAUGAAAUAAUCAGAUCUUCUGAAAGAAUAGUUAGCCAACUUGUCAACCAAAACUAUUACUUUAACAUCGAGACUGACAAAUAUAACAAUUCACAACAAAGUAACACAUCAUUUCAAGAAAAGAAGGUCGAGGACGCAUUAAUAAAUGUAAAUAAUGCCAUCAAAACGGCCUUGAAUGUAUAUAAUGAUUUAAUAAGUGCUGUCCCAGAAGGCACUGUGCCAAAUAUAUUACCGCCAAGUAAUUUAAGCGACAGACUUGACGAAUUUAAAAAAGUAUUCAGGUUUGAAAAAAAUCAUGACAGUAAUGAUGAGCCUGUGGAUGAAGAAGAUAUAGAAACCGAAAAGAGCCUCGAAAGUAAACCACACUCAUUGCAACUUUCACAAAAGCGGAAACAGCAGAAACAACUUGAACCAGGAAAUAGCCGGUAUAAUACACGAAGCAAAGAUGGCACAUUAAAGCAUCGAGCCAUAUAUGAUGGAACUAUGAUUGAAGAUGACAAGGCUUCUGUAAAACAGCGUAAAAGAGAGAUGAGAUCAAAUAAUGUCAAAACGCACUCGGGCCAAUUAAUGAAGGGUGCGGGUGAAAAAUGGCGAGAAUUGCCUGAAAGUGAAAAAAGGAUAUAUCAUCUUCGACAAGAGGAGGCCGCAACAAAAUAUCAAGCGGCGAAUAAGAUAAACAAAGCCGAGAAAAAUACCUCGGCACGAAAAAGAUCUUUGGGGGAGGUACCAGAGACACAGAUAACGACAACAGAAUCAAAAUCAUCAUCAUCAAAUGAUAAAUCUUCAAGUCCUUUUCCUGAUGCUGCUGUCAAUAACAAUAGUAGCAGAGCUCACAAGAGACGUUGUAUCUCUUGA